AUGAGUGAGGUCUUACCAAAUGAAAGUGUUCAACAGAAGAACGAUGAAGAAGGAGAAAAAAGUGAGCAGAAAAAGGAAAGUGACGCCCCUCUUCAACCGGAAAAUGAUGAGUUUGCCAGUGAAGCGGUGUUGAUGUCUUUUGUGCCGCCGAUCCCUGUGGACCGUCUGGAAAAUUUGGAAAUGUCUUUCUCCAGGCGCCGCUCAUUACGAAAUUGCUCUAUUUCCAUCUCGAGAAAUGUUGACACGGAAUGCGGCAUUUCUUUACGCUCUGCCCCCACCUCGUGUAGGAGCUCCAAAGUUAGCAGCCUUCGUACCAAAGGCAGUGUGCCUGAAGGCCUUGAGAGGGCAGUCGCCAUGGUUCAAACGUACCCGCUUAUGGCUGUCGAGGGCACCGCCUUUGAAAACCAGAUUCUUCGUCACGGCACGGGGGAAAGCGGGGUGGCGGCUUUUGCCGGACGUUCGCUCACUUCAACUUCAAACACUGAGGAGACAGAGUCGUCUAUUUCGGAUUUGACUGAGGUGCUGGGUCGGCUGCGUACAGGCAGUAGUGCGGUUCUUUUUGCAUCGCGUCUAAAGCGAGCAUGCAUGUGGAAUGCGAUUAUUGUGAACGUACUAGCUCAUCGCGCAUGGCAUGAGUCAUUUCGCCUUCAACGUCUUCGUGCAACGUUGGAGUUGUUACUUCUGCCUGUUCUAUUGCGGAAACGUGGAGAGAAAAAAUCGGGAAAAGGACAUUUUUUUCGCCCGCGCCCCCGUGGGCCGUGUGUAUUGUGUGAUGAUGAGGGUUUAAAGCCACAAGGGAACUUCAUUUGGGAGCACUCUGCUUUUUUUCGUAAACUGGGAAAUCUGAAGUUCUGUGAGGAAGUUGCGGAGAUUGUUGUUCGUUACCGAUAUUCCGCAGGAGACCCGAUUGUUUCCGUUGGCACACCUGCACAAGAUGCCAUGUACAUACUUAUUUCCGGUAAUUGUGAUGCUAUCAUUUCUUCCGAUGAACCGAACGUUCCUGUGAGACGCUCAAGACUGGCGGUCGGUGAGGGGUUUGGUGGGCUGUACGGUGGAAGGGAGGUUUUCACCAAGUUAUACCGAUCCAUCUCCCAGUGUAUUGUCUGGGUGAUUAAACGUGAGGAAUUUGAAUCCACUUUUUCUCAACAUGCAGACGAGCACAUGAAAAACGCGUAUUUGGACGCGCUGAAGAAACAUAAUAUGGAGCAUCUGUUGCGUGAUUACCCCAUGCCUCAGUGUAUGUCACGUGUACCGAUUUACCGCCGCAUUGAUGGAUUGAUUGAGGAGUACGCAAAGGAUUUUGUGCCAAUAGUUUUAACAAAAGGAGAUAUUCUCUUUGAACAAGGGGAUCGCCCUGGUGAUGUCUAUUGUCUUGUGGAGGGCCAUGUUCAACGAGAACAGACUGGAGCAGACAUGAGAUAUGAAACCGGCACGAAGCAAAUUAUCUCUCCAAAUGAAUCCGACAACAACUUCUCACUCAGCACUCGUUUUGUGCUCUUGGGAGAGGAGCCACACAUUUUGCCGGGCCUGUUGCGAUACCGAUGCACGGUGUUCAGUCGUGCCGCUUUGUUUUACAAGAUCAAAGGUGAACGUUUUGUUGAUGCUUUGCUGGACGACGCCAAGCUCUUUCUUUAUGUCCGAGAGAGGCUCACGGCUCAGAUACGUCAAUCUAUGCGAAUAUCUCCCGAUGCUCUCGCCAAAGUGCCUCUUCUGAGGGAAAUGCCGACUCUCCAUCUUAACGCCAUUGCAAAUGCUGCUGAACCUCGUGUCGUGGAACGGUGCAUCUCAAUAUGUGACCCCGCGCAAUCCGUUCGGGAGAUUUAUUUGGUGGUGUCAGGCGACGUGCGGGAUCCUCGCAAUUUCAACCGCACAACAACGCUGCCAAUGUCGCCUCCCGCCAGCGAGGACGAAGAGGCGGUGGAAAAUACAAAUACAAAGGGCAAAAAAGAGAAGAAUGUCAAAAUUGCUCCCCCAGGGCGCGGAAAAGGAAAGGGAACUUUAGCUGUUCAUUCUCCUAACGAAACCCUGGGUGUGCAAAGUCCUCAUUUUAAAGAUUCCGGAACGGCGUUUGGGAACGCAGAGACCACACACUUCCAAUGGCAUUUCUUUCACAGAAACAGCAAGGGUGAGUUCUCGAGUGGCGUCAUUUAUCCGGACGAGCAGCAUGAACUCACACCACCACUUCCGCCGAACCCCGCAAAGAACUUUAUUUGCACCGUCGGUGGUGGAUGGGAAGGACUUCUUUUGGAGAAGUGGCCGAAUGGAUGGGAGACGACCAACACCGUCGAGCUCUGGGCUAUUCCCACCUUGACCAUACGGACGGAAUUUAACAGUUUACCAAAGUCGUUACAAAACUCGAUUCUGAUGCUUGCCCGUACAACGCAGAUGCACGCCCUUUGCUUGCCAUCCAUUGUGGUGGCGAAACUGCCACCCAUGAGUUCUUUUCUGCCACCAGAGAAACGCCUCACAAAACAGGGCUUGGGAAUUGAGAAGAGUCCCUCUCAGGAAAAGAGUGCCGCAUCUCACCCACGCAAGUAUGCUGGGAGUGGCCAAUCACACGAGCGUUCCACAGCAACAGGCAAUAGGCACGGACGCGCCGCCGGUGAUCUCUCGGGAUCGCAUGCAAGUAUACUAAGCGGAUCAUCAGCAUUUUUUUCUACGAAUGACACAAGCGGCUCAAAGAGAAAAAAUUUACCGAAAUUGACGUCGCGGCCCCCAGGCCCUGACUCCAAUGCAAAGAAAAGCCUACGCCGAUGGACCAGGGGAAAAGAUAUAAAAAAGGUGGCUGAAACCAAAGAACUGGCGUUUGCUGGGGAGGAAACGCCUAUUGAAGCACCAAAACCCAAAGCGGGACCUCCGCCGCUCCUCUUUAUUCGAAAGAACGCUUCCAAGGGGGUAGAAAAGCCGCCCAUAAUUACCCCCGAGAUGUGUGCGAUUUAUGCUGGACAGGAGCCAGAGAAAGGCAUUAUUCAAUACCCGCAACUGCCAGAAAACAAACGCAUGGUGAAGGUCAGAAAUUUUACGAUGCCUGCCGAUCAAAAACCCAGCUGGCCAGUGGUAGCUGGGGGGAAGAAGCAGUGGUUUCAGGUGGUGCCAAGUUUUGCUCCCCUUCCAGGUACAAUCCAUAACCAAAGCUACAUAGCCAGUGUACCAAACCUCUUGCCGAACGCAGCGUUGAUGGUAAAACGAGAUAAAGGGUGUGGCGAAGUAUUGGCCUCUCAAGCAAACUACUUUGCAUUUCUGGCACACAGAAAGCGUCAGCAUGAAAUGGGAUGUGAAUCACCAUCACCACCCUCAGCUGCUGAACCAAAAAUCUCUUCUUCCGACGCAAGAUCACUUUCGCCGCAAAUCAUGGGUCGGCCCGUUCCUGGGCGACAUGUGUAUUGUGUGUAG